ACCAAAAGAACAGUCAUGGCUCAUAUUGUCCCCGCGCAGGUUUUGUCACCACCACAAGUUUCCUCACCACCAUUAUCUCUAUCCAGUCUUAUUCGCACACGAUCAAGACGACGCUCGACUCUCACCGUCGAACAAGAAUUUCCUAAACAAACUCGUCGCGGUUCUAUCCUAAGAAAGCUGGCGGGGCCACGUGAGAACGCGAAGCGUUUCCUUCGCCUGCGGUCAUCCGGAGUUCCGGCCGUCAAAUCGCCUACUCCCCCGCAAUCUUUCCCCGCGUGUCGUCGCACCGCUCGUCCAGUAUCAGAGAUUAUUCUAUCACCAAGAAUCGGAAAUCAAUCAUUGGAUGAGGAUCAAAUUCUCUCUGAUUCAAUGAUGGCCGAUGUUUUACCUCGGGCUCUCCCCGAACAUACCAACACCGUUCCCGAACUGAGCACUCCAUUUCCUCCAUUGCGCAAUGAGAAAAUUGUCGCAACGGGUAGUGGCCUUACAGUAGGGAUCGCCCUCACUGAGCCUGUGCUCUAUUUGCAAGGAUACGACCAGCAUGAUCCCAGUUCCAAAAAGUCGGCUAUCCUAAGAGGACAAAUACAUCUGAAGGUCACCAAAUGUGUGAAGAUUAAGAAGAUCUCAAUCUGUUUUAGGGGUCAUGCCCAGACAGAUUGGCCUGAUGGAAUUCCUCCCAAGAAAAUUCAUUUCCAUGAUAAGAAAGACCUUUUUACUCAUGGUGUAGUUUAUUUCAACCAUGGCGAUACUGCUCUCAUGCAGAACGAUUACGGAGCUCACUACUACCAACAUGCGAAACCGGCUUCGCCAAUUCCCGGAAAGGACGGAGUAUCGGCAACAAGCCGAGAGUUAUUUUCCAAAAGUACCUCAACCACCGCUAUUGGCCCAACAAUUGCCGGUAGAGAUCCAAAGCGUCUUUCUAUCCAGACUACUCGCGGACAUUCCCGGAGUUUUAGCAGAAAUGAGCCCCCACUAAGUUCCCAAAGCCAGCAGCAGCGCAACUACCGGAUGUUCCCAGUUGGGGACUACCUGUACAGCUUUGAGUUCCCGAUCGAUGGAUCAUUGCCGGAAACAAUCAAGACAGAUCUAGGAUUUGUCAGAUAUGACUUGGAGGCUAUUGUAGAGCGAUCAGGCGCAUUCCGACCUAAUCUGCUCGGAACAAUGGAAAUCCCUGUCAUUCGCACCCCUGCUGAGGGCUCUCUGGAGCAGGUCGAGCCUAUUGCGAUCUCGCGGAAUUGGGAGGAUCAGCUGCACUACGAUAUUGUUAUUUCUGGAAAAUCGUUUCCUCUUGGAUCUCAAAUCCCGAUUGCGUUUAAACUAACCCCGCUCGCAAAGGUGGAGUGCCACCGUAUUAAAGUGUACGUCACGGAGAAUAUCCAACACUGGACAGCAGACAAGAGUGUGCAUCGCUUGCAACCCGCCAAAAAGGUUCUUUUGUUUGAGAAGCGGGCUGAACAGGCGAGCACAAGUACCUACCCUGGUAGCUCCAUGCGUGUCACUGCCGGUGGUGGUAUCGACUGGGACCACCGUGCCGCCGCCGCACGAGGAGAUGAGAUUGUGGAUCGAAACCGGACAAACUUGCUUGGUAACCUGGCAAAUGACUCAGGUGUUGGCCCGACCGAAAUGGAGUUUAGUGUGCAGUUACCUAGCUGCCAUGAAAUGAGAGGACGAGAUGAAGCACAGCGUCUGCACUUUGAUACUACAUAUGAGAACAUCCAGAUCAAUCACUGGAUCAAGAUCGUGCUGCGACUUUCCAAGAUUGAUGAGCGAGACCCGAGUAAGCGACGACAUUUUGAAAUCUCCAUCGAUUCACCAUUCCAUAUUCUUUCCUGCAAGGCGACGCAGGCGAACAUAUACCUCCCAGCAUAUUCAAGACCGACCAGCGAACCAGAACCCCCAUCCCAAGAAUUCGAGUGUGGCUGCCCUGGCGCACCCCCAGCGUCAAGAGAAUACUCCAUCGCACAAUCCAACUCGGAUCGUGAAGAUGCGGUGUCAACGCUCAGUCGCCGAGACUCUAUCGGCCGCGCCGUCACUCGAAGCUUCACCAACGGCUCUGGUGGUUUGGCUCGUCCACCACAAGCCCAUCUAGCACAUGAGCCCAAUAAUGAUCGCGAAGUUCCUCGCCCUAUGCAUCUCCUUCGAACUCCAUCAUUUGCCCCUCCCGCCUUUGAGGAUGUUCCUCCUCCACCUCCUCUCAUCACCCCUCCUCCUGACUACACUACUAUUGUUGGAAAUGGGGACCGAGAGGCUGUUCUAGAGGACUACUUCUCCCGACUUUCUUUCUAUGAGGAACAAGAUGACGACCGGGGCUUGGGACGUGUUGACGUUCCCCUGACCCCAGGUGGUCGUGUCAAUCGCAGUAUGGAUGUACCCCGAGAAUGGGUGCGUCUAGAUGAUUUUACCGCUUCAUGA